GCCAAGCAGGCGGUGGCGGAGGCUCCCGCAGCGGUCGCCGUCGGUGGGGUGGGGAUCUACCCUUCGCCCCUCGGACCCGAUCCUUUCAGCGCUUUGCUACCGCGCCAGCCUACCUCGCUCCUCGGCGCUAUGACCACCACCACCACCUUCAAGGGCGUCGACCCGAACAGCAGGAAUAGCUCUCGGGUGCUGCGGCCUCCGGGUGGCGGGUCCAACUUCUCGCUGGGCUUUGACGAGCCCACGGAGCAGCCGGCGAGGAAGAACAAAAUGGCCUCCAGCAUCUUCGGGCCCCCUGAGGAGAACCCCCCGUCGUGGGCCAAGGCGGCAGGUGCCAAGGCCAGCGGCGGCAGGGAGGACUCGGAGCCUGCCGGACCCCAGAGAAGGAACUCUUCCGAGGCGAACUCCGGGGACUUCUUCGAUCUGAAGGGAGAAGGUGACAUUCAUGAAAACGUGGACACAGACUUGCAGGCCAGCCUGGGGCAGAGCGAGGAGAAGCCGGUGCCCGCCGCGCCUGUGCCCAGCCCGGUGGCGCCGGCCCCGGCGCCGUCCCGAAGGAACCCCCCCGGGGGCAAGUCCAGCCUGGUCCUGGGCUAGCUCCGGCCGCCGGCCGCCGCCCUUCCGUUCGUGUCCUCCAUGCUUGUGAACUGCACAACUCGAGCCUGACUGUACGUCUUUCGGAUUUGUUUCAUUAAAAAAGAAGCACUUUAA